GCAACUAUCCAGUUCUAAAAAUUAUCCUCGACUUUGAAUUAGUAGUACAUUCAGUAUCAAAUCUGUAUAAUAUGGCAUUAAGACGCUGUAUGACUGUUUAUUCAGUAAUCUGUUUUGCUUGUGUUGUUUUUGCAAAAGAAAACACGGCUGAUGAUGAGACUAAGUUAAUACUUAUGGAUGAACAUGAAAUUGACGAAAGAGGUGUAUGGGAUGGAGUCGUGGCCAUUUGGAACAAGUGUAAAGAUAAAUUAGAGCUAUUGUUUGGUAACCCUGGCACAAGUACUUCUGUAGGCAAUAUAAAUAUACAAGACGGAAACGGGAAUACAAUUAUAUCACAGCCUAUUGUCGGCAACAACAAUCAACAAAUAAAUUUGUCAGGAGUUACGGCAGAUGUAAUCAUUAUCAAUAUCAAUGGCGGAAACUCGAUACCAGUAACAACAAUUGACAUUUGUACCACAACCACAACCGAAGAGCCAACAAGUCCAGGUGUAGAAAAAGACCCCCACUUUACGACAUUUGAUGGAGUGAAGUAUAACUUCCAAGGUGUAUGUGCGUACGUACUUACUCAAGACUGUAAGAGUAUGACACAACCGUCAUUUCUAAUCACGAUUGACUUGCGAGGCAAAUAUUCUGAAUCACGAGGCAAGCCGUUAACACGAGUCGACGCGGUUAACAUUGAUGUUGAAGGAAAGCAGUUGCUGCGGAUUAUACGAAACAAUGCAUUUUUGAUUAAAGGCGAGUUGUUCACCAACAACUCAGCUGUAAUAGGAAAUGAAGAAGGUACAGUAAACAUUGUAGAUGAGCAUAUGUACGUUGACAUCUGGUCACCUCGCAUUUCUUUGAUUUGGAAUAAAGACAUACGUGGUGUGAAUGUUGAUUUAAAAGAACCUUCAAUGCGUGGCAAUGUGUGUGGACUACUGGGAAAUUAUAAUGGUGACCCUGAAGAUGAUUUUAUGAAACCUAAUGGUGAAAUACUGUCCAGACACGAUAUUUAUGAAUUGGGUGAAAGUUGGAUGGUACCUGGAAGCUGUGACUACUGAUGUACAUCUACAACAAGGCAUGUGAUUGCACCUUCUCGCGUCAGGAUGAAUAUUCAUAUGCUAUACGUACAUGUGAUAUCUGUUUAUUAGAUGCAACGUUAUAUAGUAACUAAAUUGUUGUUAAUUACAUAGCUUCUGCUUUCUAGUUUGAAUAAAAUUGUAGCCCUCAAGCAUAAUAA